AUGAACAACACGACCUCACAGCCAGGGCCGGCAUGUAUCGUCAACGGGAUGAUCACCGACGUGACAGUCGACCAAUUCCUGAAUGCGGCCGACGUCAUCAUGUUGCUUUCGUCAAUUGUAUCAUCCUUCUUGCAAGUGUACGUCAUCCGUUCUGCCCUCUCUCAUUUGAGAAGAAGAGCCAGCGAUGAGUGUCUUCAUCUAUUUCUGCUUUCCAUGACCGCUGGGGACUUGAUUUUGACAGCAUUCUGCUACCCGCUGGAGAUUAUCCAACAUUUCAUCGGCUACGCCCCCACCUGGGUGAAUAUGAUGAUGCAUUUCCUGACGUGGGCCUCCCUCUCCACGUCGUCCAUUUCCCUUAUUCUACUGAAUCUAGAUAAAUUACUGUAUUUCAAGUAUCCACUCAGUUACUCGGCAGUUGUCUCAAAAUCCAAGGGCAUCGGCAUUGUGGUGGCCACCUGGGUGGCGUGCUUUUCGUUUGUGUUAGCCGCCUGGCUGACCGGAUCCUUUAACUGCGGUCCGGAUAACUGUCUAACGCUGAAGCUGUUCCACGGAAAUACUGGCAUGUACAUUGGUUUUACCAUUGGAGUCUGUAUCCUGCCCACCCUCACUUCUCUGGGAGUCGCGUUGUACAUUCUGAAGAUCGUCUCCAUGCAUAAGAAGCAAUUGUCGGAAGAGCAAACGCUGUGCGGAAACAACAACGGCGGCCCACACACGCAUCAAACAUUCGCCUCUCGCCUCCGAACAUUCUAUUUCAUCUUUAUGACCACGAUUUUUACGGCCUGCACAUUACUACCGUAUCGAGUUAUAAACAUGAAGCGCCUAAUCUCCCCGGCCACCGGCCAAAGCCAAUGCGUUACGCUACUAUUUUUGUGGAUUAUGUGGUACCUCGUGCAGCUUAAUGCGGUGGUGAACCCGGUGCUGACCGUAACCGUCCUCCCACAGUACCGGGCCCGAAUCUGCCGGAAACUAUUCGGGCUCUCUGAUGGAUCGGAAGCACAUACAAAAGCUGUCACCGCGACGCAUCUA